CCUCCUUCUCUCUCUCUUCCUCUCACACGCCCUCUCUUCUCACUGUGGCAGGAGCUGGUUGAUCUAAAAGGGAAACAGCUUCUCUCCUCUGACACGAGUGGUUCCUCUGACAGGGAUAUGAACAGGGAAAUAGCUUCUCUCCUCUGACACAAGUGGUUCCUCUGACAGGGAUAUGAACAGGGAAAUAGCUUCUCUCCUCUGACACAAGUGGUUCCAGGUGGGUUUCAGACCCAUUAACUCUCAUUUUGGUUUACAAAGAUAUAUUCCACCUGGAUGCUUGGCAGCAAAAAGCUUUCGAUCCAUACCAUCCUUGAGGCUGAAAUAUGAGAUCAAAGAAAGACCAAGGCACUGUACCAACUGAGAUUCAGAAGAGCUCCUAGGUGCUUUAAGAUCGCCACACGUUGGAAUCAGGACGUGAGUCAACAACAACCGUACGUGUGAAUGAAUGAGAAUGGUAAAGGACCUUGUUCAAGCUUGCUUGAGGUUGCUGUGGAUUCUCACCAUGGCAAAGUGUAAGAUCCCAGAUGCCCACGUGACAUGCCUAUUCUCUGAAGACUGUGUUCUGCCCUGCAAUUUCAAACCCAGUGGGAAUGAGAUCAUCCGCUGGUACCUCCACAAAGUGCUCCUCCUCAGCCAUUCCCAGCAGGGUGGGGAACAGCCUCCACAGGAUCACAGUCCCAGGAUGUACCUGCUCCAGGACCAGCUCUCCCGGGGCAUCGCCUCGCUACACCUCAGCCAGUGUGGCAUCAAGGACCGAGGCCGCUACAGGUGUCUGGUCAACAGCACUCUGGGACAACAGGAGUCCUUUGUCAUCAUGAAAGUGGAGGCUCCCAUCAAGAUGGUUACUAUGGAGAAGAGUAUGAACAGAGAGAUUCAGUGUCUGUCCAAGGACAUCUUUCCCGCUCCCCGUGUGCAGUGGUCCACUCUGCCCCCGAAAGACAACCUGAGACCCAUCACCCAUAUGGGACCCAACACUGAAGGCCUCUACUCCUUUCAGAGCACGCUGAGAAUGUUUGAAAAUACCCUCACCUACAUCUGCACCGUUAACUCCACAUAUGGAUCACAGUCAUGGAGGAGCUCACUGCAAGAAAAAGGGUUGAUUGGAGAGGCGGGGAAAGAGCUGUCCAUACCCUGCAUCGCUCCACAGAACCUCCAGAACUUCUCCCUCACCUGGACCUUCACCAGAACCAAUGAUCCCACAGUCAUCCUCAGCUAUGACAGCAGAACCAGACGGAUCUCCAACCUCUGGGAGGGCCGGGCUGGACUGAAGCCGGACCAGGUUUUGACGGGAGAUGGAUCCCUCCUUCUUCACAACCCAGAAAGUCGGGAACAAACAGGAACUUACACCUGUACAUUCACAGGCCUCCAGAGCAGACACAUGGUACAAACCCAGGUCAACAUCAGGUCAAGAUCCCAGUUACCAGUGACAGAAAAGAUGCCAAAGACAACAGACCAGGCAGAGCGUACAGGGGGAAGUCACUUCCAAAUGUUGGUGAUUGUUGUAGUAGUUGCAGUGGUGGUUGCAGCAGUAAUAACAGCACUACUACUGUAUAGAAAACUACGAGCCAACCAACGGCAGGCUGGUGGGACCACUGUGGAGGACACAGAGAUGCAGCCAACGGAAACUAUUAAGACAGAUGAUUCACCAAUGGAUAACUGCCAGAAGACCACAACAAUAGCUAUAAUUAGCUCUGACUGACAAGCAGGUUAGUGCUAUCCGGGAUCCUUGAGAGUUGGGAUGUCCUUACCCUGAACCCUAACCUUAACCCCCUACCCUUACCCUUAGCUUAAACCUAACCAUAACCAUUACCUAACCCUAACCCUAACCCUUACCUUAACCAUAACCAUUACCUAACCCUAACCCUUACCUUAACCAUAACCAUAACCAUAGCCAUUACCUAACCCUUACCUUAACCAUAACCAUUACCUAACCCUUACCUUAACCAUAACCAUUACCUAACCCUAACCCUUACCCUUACCUUAACCAUAACCAUAACCAUUACCUAACCCUAACCCUUACCAUAACCAUUACCUAACCCUUACCAUGACCUAACCCUAACCCUUACCUUAAUCAUUACCUAACCCUAACCCUUACCUUAACCAUUACCUAACCCUAACCUUAACCAUAACCAUUACAUAACCCUAACCCUUACCUUAACCAUAACCAUUACCUAACCCUAACCCUUACCUUAAUCAUUACCUAACCCUAACCCUUACCUUAACCAUUACCUUAACCAUAACCAUUACCUAACCCUAACCCUUAACCAUAACCAUUACCUAACCCUUACCUUAACCAUUUCAAAUGUCAACUUCAAUGGAGUAGGGACCUCCCAAGGAUCCAGGAUAGCAAAGACCCUGACAGGCCUUUCUAGAUUAGUCAUACUGUUCCUAAUCACAGACCUGAAGUCAUCAAUCAAGCAUUCCUUUGUAGCUUCACUCACAACUCACAUUUUUUGCUUAAGGGAGAAAAUUCUACCACAGAGAUGUAUUCCAGGGAUUUAAUUGGAGAGUGCUGUUCCACAAUGGAGCACAUCUGUGUUCUAGACAAUUGAAUAACUGUACAGUCUUCAUAAUUUACAUUAAAGUUGUGAAUACAGUGUACAUUGUAGCAGUUGUAGUUGUCAACUCUGAACUGCCUUAUACCAUUCUAAGGUUUUGAAUGACAGUACUGAGACAGAAAUAGACACUGCCUAAGGUAUCUAAUGACAGUACUGUAACAGAAAUAGACACUGCUGUGCUGUAUGUAAUGGAGCGUGACAUUUUCGUCCUCAAUUUGAUCUUUCAUUUUUAAAAUGCUGAUGCUGCUAUGGUAGGUUUUGUGUGAUAUUUAACUAUAUUUUGUAUAAUACUGGUUAUGCUGCACCUUUGAGUUGACCUGCACUUAACUUUUGUUGUGAAAGGAUACACAAGCAUGAACACGUACUUCUUCAAAUGGCGUUUAUACUGUAACAGUAAAGGUUUUAUAGAAAUAGAAA